AUGUCGUCAUCAUCCACCACCGAAACCUGCCGCCUCGUGGUCCUCUGCUCCGGCUCCGGCACGAACCUGCAAGCCAUCAUCAACGCAGUCGCCGACGGCACCGUACCGCGAAGCAAGAUUGAAAAGGUCAUCGUGAACCGCAAGACCGCCUACGCCGUCCAGCGCGCGGAGAAGGCGGGCAUCCCGACGCGGUACUUCAACCUCGUCUCGGGCGGCUUCACGGCCAAGGGCGAAAAGGACGAGGCGAAGCUGCGCGAGGGCCGUGGCCGGUACGACGCGGCGCUGGCCGAGCUCGUGCUGGAGGAUAAGCCGGACCUCGUCGUCCUCGCCGGGUGGAUGCACGUGUUUAGCGCGCCGUUUUUGCGGCCGUUGGAGGCUGCUGGGGUUCCGGUCAUUAAUCUUCAUCCGGCGCUGCCUGGCCGUUAUGAUGGUGCCAAUGCGAUUGGAAGGGCAUACGAAGAUUUCCAGGCCGGCAAGCUUGAGAACAACCGGACCGGAGCAAUGAUUCACUAUGUCAUUGAGACGGUGGACCGUGGAGAGCCUAUCCUCAUUGAGGAGGUUGAGAUUCGCUCGGGUGACAGUCUGGCAGAUGUGGAAGAGCGAAUGCACAGCGUCGAACACGGUCUCAUUGUCAAGGCCACCGCAAAGGUCGUGCAGGAGAUUUUGGAAAGGAAGAAGCAAUAG